CUCUGUCCCCCCACCGGGGCCGGCUGUGAGUUUGUGGGGCAGAACCAAGCCACGGGCAUGCUCCACACGGAGCGAAAUGACAGCCUCCAGGCCACCAUUGGUUGAUGACCGUGAAAACACUUGCGGUUAACGUAAAGUGAGCGACCGGCUGUCACAGUGAGGCACCGCGCUUAUGUGCAGCCCUGACAACAGCACAACAAGCCCCUCUACAACUAGACUGCAGUGCUGCAACAAACAACAAAGGGACAGCCCCACAAUUCAUAACCACUUCAGACAUCUGAAGUAUAUAGCAAAGAGGGAGAGGAGCAAGACACAAGCACUACUAUUUGUCACAGUGUUUGGGAAUAAAUGGUUUUUCUUUACUUGAAAACUGGUGGGCAGGAGUGAAAGCUGAGGGUGGUUGUUGAACGAAGACAGGGAAGUGAGCGUGCAGGACAGAAUGCCUAGACUGUCACAGAUGCCAGCCAAGGUCAGAUAAAGUGAGGAGUAAGUGCUUAGAGAGCUACAGGAGCAGAGGCCAGCUCUGUGGAGGAGGUGUGAAGGAGUGAGUGACCAAGCGUGAGCGCCGCCGCCUCUACCCAUCAUUAAAUGAAGCCACUUAAAGGAAAAAAACUGCUCGCUCAAAAAGGUCAAUACACAGCACUUCUGCAAAACCCUGAUGGUAUUAUUUAGCCAUCUGAACAACAGUUUUGUCUUUGAUGGAGACACAAAAAGUUGUGAAUAUGUGUUUUGCUUUGCUCGGAACCCUGCAUUUUACUCAGAAGCUGAAUUGCUUAAUUUAUCACAUUCCCAACAGCAAACAGGUUUCUAAAGUUAAACUGAGAAGCAAUACAUUAUGUACCAACACUAUGUAGUAAGGAGGGAUGAUUACGGAUGCUUUUAUCAUCAGUUUUAACCUCUCUGUGGUUAAAUCAGACUUCUUUUACCCCCUGCCCUCUUGCAUUGCUUUCUUGCCUCCUCUUGCUCUAACUCUGAACACACACAUAUGCGUGCACACACACAAACACAGUUUAUUAUGCAGUAACAUUACCAGAUCCCCUUAGGCAGCUGUGCAUCUCUGUAUGACUGAUGAGGGUAAUUUCUCCCAAACAACAGAAUGAUCACUUUGGUGGUGAGAGCCACAGACUCUCCCUCCUCCCCUGUCUUCUCUCUCUCCCGGUUUUCUUUUUAGCUUACAAGAAAGGCAAGAAAAAGAAAGAUAUUUGUUACUACGUCUCCUGCAGUGACUGGAAUGGUUCCAGUAGAGAUAAAUAGCUCUCCCACCUCGUGCAUACGAACUAAAAAAUAAAAAAAAGUUAAUCACUCCAUGGAUCCAAAUCAAUCCAUUGAUUCUUCGAUGCCGAUUGCCAUUAAAACUCUGCUAAUAAAAGACAUUCAAAUCCAGUUCCCACUUUCCCAGUUGGAGCUGGAAGUGCAGGGGCUUUUCCUUAUUUUUUCUUUGAUUACCAUAGGGAUCCAAUAUAAUACACAUGCCACUGUGAAUUAGCCUCACACUAAGGACUGGCCUGAGCCACGGUGAGUUUAUACUGUCUGUGUACUAUUGUGCACCGUGGGAUGUACUGAGAAGAGAGUAGUUAGGACUUAUCUGCCUCUCUCUCUUGGCCUCAUAGGUUCAGCCUCAGUGGGUUGUCUUUACCUAUUCUCCCAUCUGUCAGUCACACACAAAAACAAAUCCACCUGUCGGCCGGGAGACUGGGCUGAACAGGACGAUGCUACAGCUGUCUGGGCCUGACUCGGUGCAGAAGAGAGCGAGCCAGCGCCCUCCACUGGUGAUGGAAAGCCCAUUAAGAUGCUCAUUACCCCACCUGUCAGCCCCAUCUCCUCACCUGCACAGAUACGGCCGACUAAUGAAGACAGUCACUAUUAAUACAGCACCUUGAACAUAGAAGUCAUGCCUCUAUGCUUUUUGUGGUCCUUGUGUCCUUGAUCACAAGGGCUCUCCAGCCUUGUAACAAUAUAACAAUCCAAGCGUUAAGAGACAGGCAUUCUUACCGCGCCACUUGAUUGCCUCAACAAUGAAGCUAUUAAUGCUGCAUUAUGUAAAUGGUAAUGGUCACAAACAUCUAAUAGGAUAAAGGCUAAGUACAGUGCAAUUUAAUGCUGCUGACUUUCAGUGGCUCUUUGAAGGAUGUUUUCAAUUAUAACAGAGCUAAUUUAAUUCAUUGUUUCGGAGCUGAAAAUGCAUUUUUAAAGGUUGACUGAGUCUCUAUUUCAGAACUCAGGUUUAAUCAGUCAUGUACAUUGAACACUGGAACGUCCUCUAAAGAGAUUGACAAAGUUGCCGGGGAUCUGCGUUCUAGGUUUUAAAGGGACACUCUAGCCCUGCCCUUCUCUUUUUCCUCAGAUGGCAGGCUUCAGUUGUGGAGGGGAGGGUGUUCAUCUAAAAGAUGAAAAGACCUGCGCCUUUAAGAGGGCUGUCUCCCCUUUCCCUCAUGCUCUCCCUCAACCACACAGACACUCCUCCUGUGAGCAUUUGUGAGGCAGCUCCUGUCCCUUAUGUCUCUUUGUGGGGAACAGAAUAGACUUCCCAGAGCAUCACUGGAGACAAGACAGAGCUCUGGGGAGAAGACCCCAGGUGCAGACCUCCAUGCAACCCUGGCCUCAACUACUGUGGAUGCCUAGAUGAGCACAGGGAGAGGAGACGCAGACCCACUCAAGCUGGAGUAAAACAUCCAGAGUUCCAAUACAGGAGGUGGAGCAGCAGGACAACCCAAGAGGUCAAUUUUGAGUUGAAGCAGCAUGAUCAGCAGAUCAAAAUCAACAACGCUGGACUGGAUCGCUGAGAAAAAGGUGGAGUCUUAAUAUGAGCUUUUAGUUUUCGUUUAGAAAAGUUUGGCUAAAGAAGAAUCAACAAAGUCCUCUAUAUCUUUUGCAGCAAUUAAGGAUAAAAGUACCAUAUGAAAUAUAUACAAACGAAGAAAAGAGGAUAAUUCAGCUUAAUUUUUUUUCCUAAUUAUUAUUAUUAUUAUUAUUAUUAUCCAUCUCCAGAGCACUUUCCAAACAGUCAUUUGUGGUAUGAAAUUGAGAUGCUCUUUAAAGAACAUCUUGAAUGGUCCCGACAGUGCUCUUAAUUCACCAGCCAGGCGUUUAUCUUAUUUCUCCAGCUCUUUCGGAGAGGGAGCAUUAAAGACUUCAUUGAUAUUGCUCUUGGGGAGCGGGUAAUAUUUCUUAUAUGAAGUCUUGAAACUUUACAGCUGUUGACUGGAGGGAGAGAAAAGUGCCACAUACAUAGGAAAAUUAUGUUGAGCUGUUUUCCAUGUGGGGAAAGUGUGUGUCUGGACUGACAUUGCAGUGCAGCAUUCAGGACAGAAGAAAUGUUCACAGGGUGUGGAGUGGUCAGCGGCCAGAAUCAGUACCUUACCAGAGCCGCUGUCAGGCCCCACCCAGGACUAGAGGUGAACAGACCGAUACAAAUGGAGAAUGGGGUAACCCCAGGGACCUGCUCUGUCUACCAAGAUCAAACUUACAGCAAUGUUGGCCAGCCAGUAGUGGUGAACAAUGUUUCCAGCCCGCUGAAGCCAACGCCGCUACCAGUCCCUCCCCCUGCACUCAAACUAGGGCAGGAAGGGUUCAAGAAAGUCUGCCGAACUGAGGAGGUCAGCCCCUGUCCCUUUCCAGGACUGGCCUCUGGAGUGCUGGAGAUGCGCGUGAAGGAGGGAAGUAAGAUCCGCAACUUAAUGGGAUUUGCCAUGGCACGGAUGCAGGGAGAGAAGGGUGUAAGUGGGGGAGGUGUGAGUGGCGGGCUCAGGCAGGUGGUCUUCACUGGGUCAGGCCGUGCAGUCACAAAGACCAUCACCUGUGCUGAAAUCAUGAAACGAAAAGUGGGCUCUCUGCACCAGCUGACCAAACUGCAGUACAAGGUGGUGAAAGAGGUGUGGGAGAAUACUGAAGGGGGGACAUCUGAGAUGACGGUGCACAGGACUGUGCCCUCCAUCAGCAUCCUUCUUUCCAAAGACCCACUAGAUCCCCAGGAACCAGGCUAUCAGCCUCCAGAGAUUCUCAGUGCAUUGUGGGAGGAGAGAGAGGGUCUUGAAUCUUCCUCGCAGACAGCAUGCAAGAGACCUCUUGGACCUUUGCCAUACAGCAGUUUCCCUCACUGUAAGAGAGUGUGUUUGGGAGAGGGAGUCUCAGUUCACCCUCCUCACUGACUGGCUGAACCGGUGUCGAACAGUGGAGAGGAUUGAAUCAGAGGAGUUCAUUUGGCGCUGCCCUCCACUCAAGCACAAUGCUGAGACAAUCAGAACAUUCACUCAGACAGAACAGUGCUUUCUCAGAAGAACUGAGUACCAAUUCCAGCCUCCAGAGGUCAGUUUGACUGCUUGCCUCUGUACAUACAGCAUUUAAGGGAUGUGUUUCUCGGCACGUCCAACAUGGUCUCUCACAUCCACAAAACUGUGACGAUGUGUGCUGUCGUGUUAUAAAAUCUUUACCAGAUUCACAUCCCAUUUCACACUGAGAAAGAAAAAGCCAUGAAGAGCACAGGUUCCAGAUUCCUGCUUGCAGUAAACUAGCUCCAGCCUGUGGACAAAAUUAUUUAUUUGCAUCAUGUUACAAUCAUCUCUAUUCCUCCAUGUUCUUAAGUGUAGCCUUUAAUAAUACACAACGUAAGAACAAAAAAUAAAAACAGCUUAAAGCCAUUGAUGGUAUGACAAAUGCAAAACAUACCAAUUUUAUUUGUCUGAUUAUUAACUCUCAUGAAAACAAAAUUAAAUAAAUUGUUUUUUUCCCCAAUCGAA